CACGGGUCAUCGGCUAGCCACGGCCGGGUACUGGCGCGCACCAUGAUCGUGGCUGACUCCGAGUGCCGCGCGGAGCUCAAGGGCUACCUGCAGUUCGCCCCGGGCGGCGUCGGCGGCUCGGGCCCCGGAGAGGAGCAGAGGGAAAGCCGGGCUCGGCGAGGCCCUCGAGGGCCCAGCGCCUUCAUCCCCGUGGAGGAGGUCCUUCGGGAGGGGACUGAGAGCCUUGAGCAGCACCUGGGGUUGGAGGCACUGAUGUCCUCUGGGCGGGUGGACAACCUGGCAGUGGUGAUGGGCCUGCACCCUGACUACUUUACCAGCUUCUGGCGCCUGCACUACCUGCUGCUGCACACGGAUGGUCCCUUGGCCAGCUCCUGGCGCCACUACAUUGCCAUCAUGGCUGCCGCCCGCCAUCAGUGUUCUUACCUGGUAGGCUCCCACAUGGCUGAGUUUCUGCAGACUGGAGGAGACCCUGAGUGGUUGCUGGGCCUCCACCGGGCCCCCGAGAAGCUGCGCAAGCUCAGUGAGAUCAACAAGUUGCUGGCACAUCGGCCAUGGCUCAUCACUAAGGAACACAUCCAGGCCUUACUGAAGACUGGCGAGCAUACCUGGUCCCUGGCUGAGCUCAUUCAGGCCCUGGUCCUGCUCACCCAUUGCCACUCGCUUUCCUCCUUCGUGUUUGGCUGUGGCAUCCUCCCUGAGGCAGAUGCAGAUGGCAGCCCUGCCACCCAGGCACCUACACCCCCCAGUGAGCAGAGCAGCCCCCCCAGCAGGGACCCAUUGAACAACUCUGGGGGCUUUGAGGCCGCCCGAGAUGUGGAGGCUCUGAUGGAACGCAUGCGGCAGCUGCAGGAGAGCCUGCUGCGGGACGAGGGGGCAUCCCAGGAGGAGAUGGAGAGCCGCUUUGAGCUGGAGAAGUCAGAGAGCCUGCUGGUGACCCCCUCAGCUGAUAUCCUGGAGCCCUCUCCACACCCAGACAUGCUGUGCUUUGUGGAAGACCCCACUUUCGGGUAUGAGGACUUCACCCGGAGAGGGGCUCAGGCACCCCCCACCUUCCGGGCCCAGGAUUAUACCUGGGAAGACCAUGGCUACUCACUGAUCCAGCGGCUCUACCCUGAGGGUGGGCAGCUUCUGGACGAGAAGUUCCAAGCAGCCUAUAGCCUCACCUACAAUACCAUCGCCAUGCACAGUGGCGUGGACACCUCCGUGCUCCGCAGGGCCAUCUGGAACUAUAUCCACUGCGUCUUUGGCAUCAGAAGUGGUGGCUCAUUCCUGUAACCCCAGCACUUUGGAAGACUGAAGCAGGUGGAUUGCUGGAGUCCAGGAGUUCGAGACCAACCUGAGCUACAUGGUGAAACCCCAUCUCUACAAAAAAUACAAAAAUUAGCCAGUUGUAGGGCUGACACCUGUAGUUCCAGCUGCUUGGGAAGCUGAGGCAGGAGGAUCCCUUGAGCCUGGGAGGUAGAGGUUUCAGUGAGCUGAGAUCAUACCACUGCACUCCAGCCUGGACAACAGAGGAAGACUAUCUCAAAAUAAAUAAAUAAAAUUUUAAAACACAGUUAACAAAAAAGAAUAUAAAGGCAGGUACAGUGGCUCACACCUGCAAUCCCAGCACUUUAGGAGGCUGGAGCAGGAGGAUUACAUGAGGCCAGGAGUUUGUUGCCUCAGCCUGGGCAACAUAAUAAGACCUAUUUCUACAAAAAAUUAAAAGUAGGCUGGGUACAAUGGUUCACUCAUAUAAGUGCUGCACUUUGGGAGGUGGAGGCAGGUGGAUCACCUGAGGUCGAGAGUUUGAAACCAGCCUGACCAACGUGGAGAAACCCCAUCUCUACUAAGAAUAUAAAAUUAGCCUGGCAUGGUGGUGCAUGCCUGUAAUCUCAGCUACUUGGGAGGCUGAGGCAGGAGAAUCGCUUGAACUGGGGAGGAGGUUGCGGUGAGCUGAGAUGGUGCCAUUGUACUCUAGCCUGGGCAACAAAAGCAAAACUCCAUCUCAAAAAUAAACAAAUAAAUAAAUAAAAUUAGCUGAGUGGGGGUGGCACUUGCCUGUAGUCCCAGGUAUUCAAGAGGCUGAGAUAGGAGGAUCACUUCUGCCCAAGAGCUCAAGGCUAUAGUGACCGUGAUUGCACCAGUGCACUCCAGCCUGGGCAACACAGCAAGACCCUUCACUAAAAAAAAGAAAAGAAAAAUUAUGUGUUACACUAUCUGCUCUUUUUUUUCUUUUUUUUUUUUUGAGAUGGAGUUUCGCUCUUGUUACCCAGGCUGGAGUGCAAUGGUGCGAUCUUGGCUCACUGCAACCUCCACCUCCUGGGUUCAGGCAAUUCUCCUGCCUCAGCCUCGUGAGUAGCUGGGACUACAGGCACGCGCCACCAUGCCCAGCUAAUUUUUUGUAUUUUUAGUAGAGACGGGGUUUCACCAUGUUGACCAGGAUGGUCUCGAUCUCUUGACCUCAUGAUCUACCCGCCUCGGCCUCCCAAAGUGCUGGGAUUACAGGCUUGAGCCACCGCGCCCAGCCCUACUAUCUGCUCUUAUAACUAUGUUAUCUCCUUCCUGUCUCUUUUUUAUUUUUAUUUAUUUAUUUUUUGAGACAGAGCCAUGGUCUGUCACCCAGGCUCGAGUGCAAUGGAGAAAUCUCAGCUCACUGCAACUUCCAACUCACAGGCUCAGGUGAUCUUUUGCCUCAUCCUUCUUAGUAGCUGGAACUACAGGUGCACACCACCAUGCCCAGCUAAUUUUUGCAUUUUUAGUAGAAAUGGUGUUUGACCAUGUUGGCCAGGCUGGUCUUGAACUGCCAACCUCAAGCGAUCUGCUUUUCUCAGCCUCCCAAAGUGCUGGGAUUACAGGUGUGAGCCACCAUGCCCCACAUCUUUCUUUCUCUAUGCACGAAUAACAAAAGCAUAUAUAAUUUAUGAAAACAAGAUCUGUGGCCAUUUCCCUAUUAAUUUCAGUUAUUUUAUUCAUUUACUCAAACAUGAGCAUGUUUUAGUGAACAUGAUUUUUUUCCUUCUUUUCUCACUUAACAGUUCAUACCAAGCACCAAAAAAUUAUCCCCCAAUUUUAAAAAAGAUACAUGUUCCUUGUAGAAAGUUUGUGUUUCUGUGUAUUACUAGCUGUAAAUCAUAUUUCACUGAGUGGGUUGAGCUAUGUUUAAUUAACCAUUCUCUUACUCUAGUUAUUAGUAGGUUUCCAACCCAUGGCUGGCCAAGGGCAGGCUUCUUAGAAUGUGGCUCAGGCUGGUUUCUGCCCAGCCCUCAGGCUUCUCCACUCUCCAACAAGGCCCUUGCUCCUAUUUCUUUGUCUUCCAAAUCUGCCUUCCAGUUUUCAGCCAGUCAUUCCUCCAUCUACACUGAUCUGCGAUUACAUUGGCUGCCCUAACUCACUAGACUGGGGGUGACUCAGUGGCUUCUAGACUCGUCACUAACUUGCUUUUUGGCUUUGAAGAAGUUAAUCAUCUUUUCCAGGGCUUAGUUUGCCCAUCUGUAGAAUGAGUACAGCUCCUUUUUACCCUUAUCCUCUUCCUUCUCCUUCACUGACCUCCUCCUCUACCUUCUGUGGCCUUUACUGUAGAGUAGUGAAAAUGGCCUCUGAGCUAGGGAAAGCUGGGUUUAUAACCCAUUCCUGGCCAGGGACAGUGGCUCACACCUGUAAUCCCAGCACUUUGGGAGGCUGAGGUGGGCAGAUAACCAGGUCAGGAGUUCAAGACCAGCCUGACCAAUAUGGUAAAACCCUGUCUCUGCUAAAAAUACAAAAAUUAGCCGGGAGUGGUAGCACAUACCUGUAAUCCCAGCUACUCAGGAGACUGAGGCAGGAGAAUCGCUUGAACCCAGAAGGCAGAGGCUCCAGUGAGCUGAGAUCACGCCACUGCAUUCUAUCCUGGCAAGAGAGCAAGACGCUAUCUCAAAAAAAACCAAAAAACAAAAAACCAUUCCUUGCUGUAUUAACUAGGACAAAUGACUUCCUUUCUCUGAAUCUCAGUUUUCUCAUCUGUAAAGUGGGGUUGAUGAAUGUAGUAGAUUGCAUACACCAUCUAGUCAUAUACACAAUAGUGUAGUUUUGAGGAUUCCGUGAGUACCUCUCCACAUGGCACAUAGUUGGUAUUCAAUACAGCGUGCUCAUUCUCUGCAUUCCUUGAAGUCAUCCCCUGCCAAUGUGGCAGCCUGUAAUACAUGGUGUCAGCUGUUUCUCCAAGAGGAACUAGGCUUGUUGUUGCUUCUACCUUCUGACUUUCCUCAGCACUCUCUGUUCUUCCCUCUAUAGGGUGCGGUUGAGGGGAGGAGCUGCCUCUGGGAGGAGAGGGUGGG